CUCAAUUAGUACUUAUGCAGUAGUUAGUGAUAAGAACGAAUCGAGUAUAACAUCAAACCAUGACAUUCGAUAACACGAUAAUUUUAUUAGUAGAGGCUUACAGUUUCCUAGUCACUCUACAUUGCAAAAGUAGAAAUUUUUCUAAAAAUAAAUAAAAAUCGUAUAAUAUACAAUGACAACUCCUAAAGUGAUGCGUAUCAUGGCUUUGUCCAUCAACACAGCAGCCCGUGCAGGCUCAAUAAUUCGAGAAGUAAUGCAGCGCGGCAAUCUUGGUAUUGUGGAAAAAGAGGGCAAAGACGACUUACAAACUGAAGCUGACCGAUCCGCUCAACAAUGUAUUAUUGCGUCUCUAUCAAGAAAAUUUCCUAAUAUUACAAUCAUUGGCGAGGAGGGUGACUCCAAUUUAAAUGUCAAAGCGGAGUGGUUGGUAUCUGAAGAAAACGAGGAAUUCCUUACACAUAGUUGUCCAGAGGAAUUACUUGAAAUUAAGGAGGAAGAAUUCGUGAUAUGGGUUGAUCCUUUAGACGGCACAUCAGAGUACACUAAAGGUUUAUUAGAGCAUGUGACGGUACUAAUUGGGAUAGCAAUUAAAGAUCGCGCUGUUGGAGGUAUUAUUUACCAACCCUACUACAAACAAUCUAAUGGCGACAUAGGAAGAACUAUAUGGGGUCUUAAAGGGUUAGGCACAGGAGGAUUCGAACCUACAAGUCCACCCAAAGAGCAAAUGAUUAUUACGACUACACGUUCUCAUUUAACACCCUUGGUACAACAAGCAUUAGAUGCUCUAUCACCAACAAAAGUAAUUAAAGUUGGGGGUGCUGGAUACAAAGUAUUACAAUUACUUGAAGGCAAGGCACACGCAUAUGUUUUUGCUAGUCCCGGUUGCAAGCGGUGGGACACUUGUGCACCGGAAGCUGUACUAGAAGCAUACGGAGGCACCCUUACCGAUUUAGCAGGCAUUCACUACUCAUAUGCAGCUGAUGUAGAUUAUAAAAAUCGGAUGGGUGUCUUAGCAACAAUUCCUGAAAUAUCACAUUCCGAAAUCGCUCGCCAGGUACCUAACGAUAUUAUAGCUACUUUGCGUGCAUAAAACAUUUUAUUUAUGUUAGCUAACUGCUAGACAAGCAAAAUUACUUAUCGAUAGCAAGUUUUUAGAGAGUUUCUUGAGCUUCACCAAAAAUAAAAUAAUUAAUAGCAAUAAAAAUCAGUGGAGACAUAUAUGCAAACAAAUUCUUUUUUAGGCAUGUAGUACUAGUGCACUUUAUUAACGAUCUCUUACAAUAAAGGAGAAAAUUAAAA